CCAGCAUACAAAGAUCCCACCUUUCGAUCCCGAAGAUGCCUGCCGCUCUCUCUCUGGUGCCGGCGUGCGACGCGGAGGAGCCGCUCCUGGCGGAGUCCUCCGACCGCUUCUCCAUGUUCCCCAUCCGCUUCCCGCAGAUCUGGGAGUUCUACAAGAAGGCCGUGGCCUCCUUCUGGACGGCGGAGGAGGUGGACCUCUCCUCGGACGCGCGCCACUGGGACACCACCCUCACCGACGGCGAGCGCCACUUCAUCUCCCACGUGCUGGCCUUCUUCGCCGCCUCCGACGGCAUCGUGCUCGAGAACCUCGCCUCCCGCUUCAUGUCGGACGUGCAGGUGGCCGAGGCGCGCGCCUUCUACGGCUUCCAGAUCGCCAUCGAGAACAUCCACUCGGAGAUGUACUCGCUGCUCAUCGAGACCUACAUCCGCGACGCCGCCGAGAAGGACCGCCUCUUCCGCGCCAUCGACACCAUCCCCGCCGUGCGCCGCAAGGCCGACUGGGCGCUCCGCUGGAUCGACGGCGGCGAGCGCUUCGCGGAGCGCAUCGUCGCCUUCGCCUGCGUCGAGGGCAUCUUCUUCUCCGGCUCCUUCUGCGCCAUCUUCUGGCUCAAGAAGCGGGGGCUCAUGCCGGGCCUCACCUUCUCCAACGAGCUCAUCUCACGCGACGAGGGGCUGCACUGCGACUUCGCCUGCCUCCUCUACGAGAUCCUCCGGGGCAAGCUGGACGAGUCGCGCGUCUUCGAGAUCGUCAGGGAGGCUGUUGACAUCGAGCGCGAGUUCGUCUGCGACGCGCUGCCGUGCGCGCUCGUCGGCAUGAACGGCGACCUCAUGAGCCAGUACAUCGAGUUCGUCGCCGACCGCCUGCUCAUGGCGCUCGGCUGCAGCAGGCUCUACAACGCCACCAACCCAUUCGACUGGAUGGAGCUCAUCUCCCUGCAGGGAAAGACCAACUUUUUCGAGAAGCGCGUCGGCGAGUACCAGAAGGCAUCCGUCAUGUCCAACCUCAACGGCGGCGCAGCCACCCAGCACGUCUUCAGCAUCGACGAGGACUUCUGAUCUGUCCUCUUUCUUUCAUGUUCAACAAGGGUCACUAGUAUACUCCUCCAGCAGUAGCUUCUCCGUGGCUCGUUCCUUCGCUUGCCCUGCCCUGCGUGGUCGCUCCCCACUCCACCCACCAUUAGCAGAGUCCCUAGUCCUGGCAGUAGCAGUAGUACAUGUACCGGGUGCUUCAUUGUUUUUUCACUGUUUCUUGUUCGUGGUGUAAUGUGUAUUGUAAUGAAUCAAGUUAUCAUUACUUCUGAAUAAA